AUGGCUUCCCCUAGCGUUCUCACCUUUGACGCUGAGGGUCGGGCAGUGGACUUUGAGGUCUGGGUAGAUGAUCUGCAGCUUUUCCUGCAGUGCGAUAGGGCAGACGGCCUCUCCCUGUUUGACCCCACUUCUGGUGCCUCCCCUGCCCCUGCUGCUAAUGCUGACGCCACUGUUCGCUCACAGUGGGCCACACGUGACGCUGCUGCUCGCCUUGCUGUGCGCCGCCACUUACCGACCACUGAGCGUGCACACUUUAGCCAGUACAAGAGUGCUCAGACCUUGUACGACGCUGUAGUUGCACGCUACUCUUCCCCUGCCACUGCUGCACUGAGCCGCCUCAUGCUACCGUACCUCUUCCCUGACCUUGCUGCCUUUCCCACAGUCGCUGACCUCAUUACGCACCUCCCCACUAGUGACACUCGCUACCGCGCUGCGCUUCCUGCUGAGUUCUGCGCCAAGAAGCCCCCCCCCCCAUGUACAUCACCCUCUACUACAUA